AUGUCCUCCCGCAAGACUUCCGGUGAUCAGUAUCGCGACUAUCAAGAUGAUAGAAGCGCAAAGUCUCAAGAUGUCGUUUAUACAACUGCCAACGGCGUACCAAUGCCACAUCCAUAUGAGACACAACGCGUAGGCGAGAACGGACCAUUACUCCUCCAAGACUUUCACCUGAUCGACCUCCUUUCACAUUUCGACCGCGAGAGAAUCCCAGAGCGUGUUGUGCAUGCCAAAGGUGGUGGAGCUCACGGUGUAUACAAAACUACAAAUGGGUUGGAUGACUUGUGUCUUGCAGAUAUGUUUCAAGAAGGCAAAGAGUGUCCAAUCACCGUCAGAUUUUCCACUGUCGGUGGUGAAUCCGGUUCGCACGAUUGUGCUCGUGACCCACGAGGAUUCUCUGUCAAGUUCAAGACCGAUGAAGGAAAUUGGGAUUUAGUUGCCAACAAUACACCAGUGUUCUUUUUGAGAGAUCCAGCCAAGUUCCCUCAUUUUAUUCACACUCAAAAGCGGGAUCCAGCCACCCAUCUUACACAUGCUGAUGAUUCAACGAUGUUCUGGGAUUACCUUUCUCAGAACCCAGAAUCAGUUCAUCAAGUCAUGAUUCUUAUGGGUGAUCGUGGUAUUCCAGAUGGAUGGCGUCAUAUGCAUGGAUAUUUUGGACAUACCAUCAAGCUUGUCAACAAGGCUGGCGAAUGGGUGUACUGUCAAUUCCACAUGAUUUCCCAGCAAGGAACAAAGUUCUUCACACAAGAAGAGUCUGCCGAGAAGUCACCAGACUAUGCUCAAAAGGAUCUUUAUGAGGCGAUCGAGAAGGGUGAUUUCCCAAAGUGGAGUCUCGAAGUUCAAACUAUGACAGCCAAGGAAGCCGAGGACUUGUGGGAGAAAGAAAAGAUUAACGUCUUCGAUCUUACCCACGUCUGGCCACACAAGCAAUUUCCACUCCGCAAGGUUGGAGAACUCACUCUCAACGAGAAUGCAGUUAACUACUUUGCCGAAAUCGAACAAGUAGCUUUCAAUCCCGCUCACCUGGUACCAGGACUCGAGCCCUCCGCGGAUCCAGUUCUUCAAUCGCGUCUCUUCUCCUACCCAGAUGCCCAUCGUCAUCGUGUAGGUGUAAAUUACCAACAACUCCCCGUCAAUGCCCCCGUACCAGUUACCCGUGAUGGCGGUAUGGCUUUCUACAACCAGGGUUCUCGUCCUAACUAUAUCUCCUCCAUUGAACCCAUCCGCUUCAGAGAACGCACAGUCGAUACUGAUAAACUUCACGGUCACUUCACCGGUAACGCAGUCACUUUCCUCUCUGAAAUCCGUGAAGAAGAUUUCAAAGCCCCACGAGCCCUGUGGGAGAAAGUCUUCGAUGAUGGAGCCAAAGAUCGCUUUAUCAGUAACAUUUCCGGACACAUGGCGAACUGCAGAAAGGAAGAGGCGAUUAAACGCCAGAUUGCUAUUUUCCGCGAGGUAUCCGAGGAUCUAGCUAGUCGUCUCGAGAAGGCAACGGGUAUCAAGGGAUACCCAGGUAUUGCGGACAUGAACUUCAGUGGUACGCAUAAUGGUAUGGCGAAGGAUGAGAAGAACCGAACGGCGAACAUGAUGAAGGGGGUUAGUUUGAGUCAUAAUGAGAGCAAUGGGGCGCCAAUGAAGGGUAGUCAUGCUACUACCGUUAAUGGCAAUGCUACUAACGAAUCGAAAUUAUAA